CUCAGGCAAAGUUACAGAACGUCUUCAGCAGCAUCAAAACAACUUCUGCUUCACUCGGCGCAAUGGUGUUCAUCUUCGGUAUUAAUUUCAACGAGGCGUCGCUCGUAAAGCGCUCCCUCGAAAGCUUCUAUGGCAUCGGCCCCAAAGUGUCGCAGCGCAUCAUGGCGCGAUUCCACAUCCACCCCUGGGCGAAAGUCGGCACCCUGAAGAACACGACCGUCAUGGACCUUACCGCUGAGCUAUCCAACAUGAAAAUCGAGAACGACUUGCGGCGAGAGGUACAGGAUAACAUACGACGACUGAGGGAUAUGGGAUCGUACCGUGGAAGGCGGCAUGCUAUGGGUCUGCCGGUGCGAGGCCAGAGGACAAGGACACAGAUCACAACGGCGAGAAGAUUGAACAAGAUAGAACGAGGCGGAACAGGACGCAUUCAAAUGUAGAGCAGACGCUACGGUACCACUGUAAAAUAUUGUACAGCAAGCAUGGAAAUGGCGUCAAUCUAUCCGUCUCCGAGGAGCC